GGUAUUUCCUGUUGGUGGGAGGUCUUCACUUUCUGCUGUUGUGACACAGUUCUUUUUUGGCGUGUUAAAGCUUUGCUGAAACUCUAAAAUCUCUGACUGGAUGUGAGAACAGCAGCUGAACUACAUCAGCUUUGUUUUAUGGCAGCAGGGGUGUUCUGCAAUGAAUCAGUGUGAGGACCCAGAGGAGGGGGCCCCUGCCUCUAAAAUUCCUCGUUUUGAGGAACGUGAAGCCCUGAGGAUGAACAGAGCAGACUCUCCUGGACCCAGCUGUGUGUCCAUGAAGAGUGAUCAGUCUAAGGAUUUCUUUAUUUACUUUGGACAUCCCCCUGAUGGAAGGAUAAAUAAUGAGAGACCAGACUCUCCGGGACCCAGCUGUGUGUCCAUGAAGAGUGACUGGUCUAAGAAUCUCAGUAUUACCUUCAAAGAUGGACCGCCUGCUAAUGAAAGGAUAAAGACUGAGAAACCAGACUCUCCUGGACCUAGCUGUGUGUCCAUGAAGAGCGACCAGUCUAAGGAUUACUUCAUUUACUUUGGACAUCCUGAUGGAAGAGUGCAGCAGGAGGACUCAGAGGUUCACACUGACCAGUCAGACCUGCAGCAUCAAACAGACCUGGACUCCACAUUUAAGCUGCUGGAGAUGAACAUCACCACCUUUGUGAAAAGUGAACUAAAGAGACUCCAGAGGGCUUUGACUCCAGAUUACCCAGCAUGCUUUUACAGUAACAGUGAGGAUGAGGAGGUUUUGGAUAGAGAGGAUAAAGAGCAAAGGAGAUGCAGCAGAGAUGCUUUAAUGAACAUCAUUUUGCACUUCCUGAGGAAAAUGAAGCAGGAGGAGCUGGCUGACCUUCUGCGGAACAGAACUCAAGAUGCUGUGUGCCGACAUAAACUAAAGUCUAACUUGAAGAGGAAGUGCCAGUGUGUGUUUGAGGGGAUUGCUAACGCUGGAAACCCAACUCUGCUGAAUCAAAUCUACACAGAGCUCUACAUCACUGAGGGAGAAAGUCAAGAGUUCUAUGAUGAACACAAAGUCAAUCAGAAUGAAAAGGCAUCCAAAAAAAUGGACAAACCAGAAUCAAAGAUCUGUUGUGAAGACAUCUUUAAAGCUUUACCUGGAAGAGAUGAACCAGCCAGAACAGUGAUGACGAAGGGUGAGGCUGGCAUUGGGAAAACAGUCUUGACAAAGAAGUUCACUCUGGACUGGGCUGAAGAUGAAGCCAACCAGGACAUCCAGUUCACAUUUCCAUUCACUUUCAGAGAGCUGAAUGUGCUGAGAGAGAAAAAGUUCAGCUUGGUUGAACUUCUUCAUCACUUCUUCACUGAAACCAAAGAACUGGAAAUCUGCAGGUUUGAAAAGUUCCAGGUUUUGUUCAUCUUUGAUGGUCUGGAUGAGUGUCGACUCCCUCUGGACUUCCACAACAAUGAGAUCCUGACUGAUGUUACUCGGUCAGUACCACUGGAUCUGCUGCUGACAAACCUCAUCAGGGGGAACCUGCUUCCAUCUGCUCGUCUCUGGAUAACCACACGACCUGCAGCAGCCAGUCAGAUCCCUCCUGAGUGUGUUGACAUGGUGACAGAGGUCAGAGGGUUCACUGACUCACAUAAGGUGGAGUACUUCAGGAAAAAGUUCACAGAUGAGGAUCAGGCCAGCAGAAUCAUCUCCCACAUCAAAACAUCCAGAAGCCUCCUCAUCAUGUGCCACAUCCCGGUCUUCUGCUGGAUCACUGCUACAGUUCUGGAGGAUGAGUUGAAGACCAGAGAGGGAGGAGAGCUGCCCAAGACCCUGACUGAGAUGUACAUCCACUUCCUGGUGGUUCAGUCCAAACUGAAGAGCAUCAAGUAUGAUGGAGGAGCUGAGAUUGAUCCACACUGGAACCCAGAGACCAGGAAGAUGAUCGAGUCUCUGGGUAAGCUGGCUUUUGAGCAGCUGCAGAAAGGAAAGCUGAUCUUCUAUGAACCAGACCUGAUGGAGUGUGGCAUCGAUAUCAGAGCAGCCUCAGUGUACUCAGGAGUGUUCACACAGAUCUUUAUAGAAGACAGAGGAGUCUACCCAGACAAGGUGUUCAGCUUCAUCCAUCUGAGUGUUCAGGAGUUUCUGGCUGCUCUUCAUGUUCACCUGACCUUCAUCAAUACUGGAGUCAAUCUGAUGGCAGAAGAACAAACAACCUCACUGAUGUCAAGAAACUCUAGACCUGCAGAGACAAGUCUCUACCAAAAUGCUGUGGACAAGGCCUUACAGAGUCCAAACGGACACCUGGACCUGUUCCUCCGCUUCCUCCUUGGUCUUUCACUAGAGACCAAUCAGAAUCUCCUACGAGGUCUGCGUUAUCAGACAGGAGGUUCAGUGCCAUCAGAAUCAGGAAGUAGCUCACAGACCAAAACAGAAACCGUCCAGUACAUCAAGACAAAACUCAGUGAGAAUCUGUCUGUAGAGAAAAGCAUCAAUCUGUUCUACUGUCUGAAUGAACUGAAAGAUUACUCCAUAGUGGAGGACAUCCAGUGGUCAUUGAGCUAUGGAAGUAUCUCCUCUGAUAAACUGUCUCCUGCUCAGUGGUCAGCUCUGAUCUUCAUCUUACUGUCAUCAGAAAACAACCUUGAUGUGUUUGAUCUGAAGAAAUGCUCUGCUUCAGAGGAGGCUCUUCUGAAGCUGCUGCCAGUGAUCAAAGCCUCCAACAAAGCUCUGCUGAGUCGCUGUAACCUCACAGAGAAAAGCUGUGAAGCUCUGUCCUCAGUCCUCAGCUCUGAGUCCUGUAGUCUGAGGGAACUGGAUCUGAGCAACAAUGACCUGCAGGAUUCAGGAGUGAAGCUGCUUUCUUAUAGACUAAGGAGUUCACAUCGUAGAUUAAUUACCCUCAAGCUAAAUGGCUGUAACCUCUCAGAGAAAAGCUGUGAAGCUCUGUCCUCAGCCCUCAGCUCUCAGUCGUGCAGUCUGAGAGAACUGGACCUGAGCAACAAUGACCUGAAGGAUUCAGGAGUGAAAUUAUUGUCUCAUGGAUUAAAGAUGAAGAACUGCAUGCUGGAAACUCUCAGUCUUUCAGGUUGUAUAAUCACAGAAGAAGGCUGUGCAUCUCUGGCCUCAGUCCUGGGCUCCUCUCAUCUGAGAGAACUGGAUCUGAGUUACAAUCAUCCAGGAGAACAAGGAAAGAAGCUGCUGUCUUCUCUGCUGGAGGAUCCACACUGCAGACUGGAGACACUGAGGUUGGACCAUGGUGGACUGCACAGACUGAAACCUGGUCUUAAGAAGUACGCCUGUGAGCUUGAAGUCGACACAAACACAGUGAGUGGCAUCCUGAAACUGUCUGACAACAACAGGAUGAUGACAUAUGUGCAAGAGAGUCAGCCAUAUCCUGAUCAUCAAGACAGGUUUGACAGCUGGUGCCAGCUGCUGUGUAGGACUGGUCUGACUGGUCGCUGUUACUGGGAGGUCGAGUGGAAAGGAACGGUUAACAUAUCAGUGACUUACAGGGGAAUCAGCAGGAAAGGAGAUGGUGAUGCAUGCUUUUUUGGAAGUAAUGAUCAUUCCUGGACCCUCUUCUGCUCUGAUAAUAAGGGUUACUAUGUCAGUCACAGUAAGAAAGAAACUAAAAUCUCGCCCCCCUCCCCCACCUCUAACAGAGUAGCAGUCUACCUGGACCAUCCUGCUGGCACUCUGUCCUUCUACACAGUCUCCACUGACACUCUAAUCCACAUCCACACCUUUAACACAACAUUUACUGAACCGCUCUAUCCUGGGUUUGGGUUAGGGUUCUUUUCUGGUUCCUUUGCCUCUCUGUGUUCUCUGUAGGUAAAUAAACAAAAAAAAACAAAAAAAACGCAGUUGACUAAAAGUCAGCUCACUCUAUUUACUCUGAAGAAGAUCUGUCAAAUUAUAUUUAUUGUAUUGCAUUGUGUAUUUUAUUUCAUAUUUAUCUUCUGCUCUUUGUAGCAGAAUCAAGGCCUAAAUCUGUGAGAAACCCCUUCCCUGUGGUUAAUGUCUACAGCUUUUGGAAAAUUCCUUGGGAUUUCUAUGGGAGGUCUGAGGACUCCCCUGUGUCCACAAACCACCCAUCUUUGCUUAUGAACCUUUCCCACCUAAAAAGCUUCCCACAGUAAGACACUGGACCUGACACUUUGUAUAAAUGACAGAUCUCAAGAGAGAUCAACACCUUAGAGUUGGAGAUACUAUCUGACUGGAUAGCCAGAGCCAUCUCACUGAGUCUGUGUCUUACCAAAGCCAUAAAACUUUGACCUUUGAGAACUGACGAAUCAUAAAACAAAACCUUCCUACCUCUAAACAACAAAACCAGAUGGUGAUCAUAAACAACUCCUGUUCUCUCUGCAAGACUCAAACUAUAUGGGCCGGAAGUCCCAUAACUACUGUAAACAUCAUACAGUAUUUUUCAACAGUAAAUGUUUAUAUUCAUUUGAGUUAGCUUGCAUGAAACAGAACGAUUUACCAUAUUUCUGUAUCACUUCAUAUUAUUGAGAAAUUCAUUUGUGAUUUUAAUUCAGUCUUUCAUUGACCAACAGUGUCAUCUACUGUCCAGUAUUGGCUACACAUCACAAAUUCCCUUUUGUUUUAGUAUUUAAGUGUUUAUAAGUUAGCUAUGUUUUUCAUGUUUCUUUUUAACUGUGUGACAGUUUAAUUGAUGUUAUAUUAUUGUAGAAUUUUAUAACCAUUUCUGCUAUUCCUACAUGCUCUUAUUGAAUUACUAAUUUGAUGAAGAGUGGUUCUCAAGGUGAUGUUUGAGCUCUUAGAGGAGGGAAAACUCAUAUGAAGACCCCUCACUUUUUCGUGUUAAGACAGUAUGUAUCAGAACUCACGGUCUUCAGCAGAGCCCAGCUUUAUCUUCUUCAACUUCUUUGUCUUUCCUUCAUCUCCUUAAGUUAUCUAAGUAAUUUUUUAGACUUCUCUGUGAACCACGUUUCCUUUUUUUGUUUCUUACAAGUCUGAGCCAGGUCCAAUAAUUUAAUUGAACCUUAAACUUUAUUUUGAUCCAGCACAAAUUCUUUAAUUUUUUUUACAGCCUUUGCGCUAAUUUUUGCAGCAGACUGAGUUUUUCUUUUCCUCACACAUCCAGACUUCAUCACUGAUUUGAUCUAAUAAUCAAAGUGAUGACAACCGUCCUAAGACAUUGAUUUUGAUAUUAAUUGGACGAAUUAAGAACUUUUUUUUGGAAUGAGACAAGUCCAUCAGAAUCCGUGGAAAGGAUCCAUCCUGCCGUGUUCGUCAGACUGUCUUCCCUGAGUGACCCACCCCGGCGCUGUUGCAGAACAAACCAGAACCAACCGAUAAAAGAUCAGAUCCAGCUGAUACCAACGGUAGCUCUGGAGUCCUCAGAACCUCCCCAUACAGAUCAUCUCCUCGCCCUUUUUCUACAGCAAACAGUAGGAUUCUGAUCCAUCUCAUCAGGGUUGACAGUGUCUCCAAUAGUUCUAUUAAAACAAUUAAAUAAUUCAGAACUAUUUUUCCUAAUUCUAUGCCGUAAAUGAUCUUUUUCUUUAUUCUCAAAUCAUCCACUCUCCAUCAAACUAGAUUUGCAUCAUUCCUUUAUUAUCACAUUUAGUCAUUUUCUGUUUAUUUACUCACAUCACAUUCAUAUUAGCUAUGUGAUAUAUACAUUGCAUUUCUGUGAUUUAAUAAUAAAUCUUAAGGAUGUCAGUCGUUGUCCAGAAAUCAUUAUUAAGUUGGGAAGUGGGGUCACUGUCAUGGGGGCUCAUAACUUGAGGUAUGAGAUUGAUUCAUAAUUAAUAAUUUAAUCAAAUAAUUAAAUUUUUAAUUAAUUAAUCAUUACAAUUUUGAAUUGGUUAUUAAAUAACCAAUCCGCAUAAGCGAUGAUGCCCUGUUAAUAUUGAUACUAUUCAAGCUUAUUUAAUAUCACUUUAUAUCACUAUAUCUUCAAUGUCUAAACUACUUAUGAUUGCAUUUGUGCCUGUUCCACUAUGCUCAGGAUGUGUGUCUCGAAGGCAAAGGAGAGAUCAACUCCUUGAAAAGAGCUGUUACAGGCUUCAAAGUGAAGCUCUUUGUUCACAGCAAAGUUCAUCUGCAGGUCCUCAAGGUAGUCAAAAAUCUAGGUAGUAAUUGGCCUUCUGCUCUGAAAUAUGUCCAGGAGCUAAAUAAUAAUUAGCAGUCUUUCUAUUGGCUGCUGUGUGCCUCUGCCACUAAUCUCUGUAUAAAAAAAACAAAAUUGUCAUUUCUUUCAAUGCAGUGACCCAGAUUAAAGCACAAAUCAACUGA